GCUAACACCUGUCUGAGGCUGUCACUCUCCUCUCUGUGUUGUCUGGAGAAUAGAUCUCUUCACUUCCAUUAAACUGCAUCCAAAACCAACCUUUAACGUCACAAUUGUAUACAAAGUUUUAAAACUGUCUGAAAAGAUACUAUAUAAAAAACAAAUAAUUUCUAAUAUUGAUGACAGGAGAGUAAGGCCAACAGAGAAGACUCAUGGUCCUGCAGUUAGGUUUGUUUCGUCUAUUACACUCCCACAGGCUUGCUUAGGAACGAUCAGCUCCUCAGUCCCCUUUACCUUUUGACCCCACUAAAACCACAACUGAUUUUGAGUAGAAGAGAGCAAGCUUGUCUUGGACAUAAGUUUAACAUACUUGCCUUCUUAAAUUUCUAAUCCAAUCCCAAGAAAACUUUCCAGUUCUGUAUAAUUAACCCCAUUGUGUUUGCUGUUAGUACUCAGGGGGCUGCUCCUGUUCUAAUCUUUUAUGUUUUUAUGGCUUCUUACGGCCUUACAAACACCUUUCAAACAAAUAACUGUGGUCAGCAAUUCAAGAUGGAGGGCUGGGGGCCAGAAGUCACUAAGAAGGUCCCAAGAGUUCCAGGUUGUGCCUGGGGGGAACCUUAUCCUGAAGAGUAGCGCUUUGUCUUUCUGGCAUCUUUAAUUCUGUCUCCUCCAAGCUCUUCCGCACAGUCUAUAAAUAUCCUCCAGUUCCUCCCACUUUAAAACAAAACAACACCAAAAAUCCUCUCAGCCUUGCAUUCUCACCCCCUCAUCUUGUGUCAUUUGGCUCUUUUUCUCUCAGUCUUUGCCACCUCAGCAAAAUUUCCUGAAAGCAUGCCUGCACUUCCUCUGGCCAACACCAGCUCCCUGCUGAGCCCCUACCGCCAGUUUGGUAUCUGGGGUCCUCCUGGGCCAAUCCUCUGAUUUCCUAACCCCAUUAGGCACCAUUCUGAGAACUUUUCCCCUGUACUGUUUGUUUUUUAUUUACUUUCAGGUUUUAUUGACUUUCAAAAGGAGUAUAAAAGUUAGAUAAGAAUUAAUAGUAAGGGUUGGGGAUUUAGCUCAGUGGUAGAGCGCUUACCUAGCAAGUACAAGGCCCUGGGUUCGGUCCUCAGCUCUGGAAAAAAAAAAGAAUUAAUAGUAAAUGUCUUCCACUCAAAUUUAAAUGAUCUGCCUAGAAUAUUAGUUUUUCUCUCUUUGAAAACGUUAAUAGCUGGGCAUGGUAAUUCAUACCUGUGACCCCAGCACUUGGGAGAUGCUAAAGUAGGAGGAUCUUGAGUUCAAUCCCAGCCUGGGGCAUGAAGCAAAUACUUGUCUCACAAAACAAGCCUGGGGAAAAUGAUCCAGAAAGAAUUCUACCUAGUAGUAACUAGACUAGAACCAUGUCUGAAACAUCACCCUAUUUGUGACUGGAGGAGGGGAGUACUAUUUUUUAAUGAUCAUAGCCCAGACCUUAUAUGUCAUUUUACAAGAGAUUAGUAAGUUGCAAAUGCUGUCUGAUAGAAAAAAAUGAACAGAUUAUGACCCAUACAGACAAGUUGCUACCAAUGCUAACUGUAACUCCAAAGGUCAGUUUUCUGGGACCAUAGGACAUUAACUAGGCUUGCAUCAGACUUAGCCUUAGUUCAGCAUUCUGUCUUUCAUUGAAUGAGGGCUGGCAUCCUAGCAUCCUCAGAAUAUCUGUACUUCUGAGUUGAAUGCAUUACAAAACUAAUGUACUUUACACCUUGAUAUUUUGAGGAUGGGAUCUUGGAGAAAGUCAGCUUUUGCUUGGAAGUCAUCGAGGCCUUGGGAGUUAAAUGAUUUUUGCUAAAUAACCAUUGUAAAAGAUUCCAUAGCUAACAAUCCUACUCUGCAAGAGACCUGAUAGGGACCCAGCUACUGACCUUGUUAUUAGCAACUCGUUGGGUCACCCUACCGGGGUAGUGGUGGUGGUAAGAGCUUUUAGGGUAGGAGAGAUGUGUUUGGCCUCAGGCUUCCGGUCCCCUAGUAGUGUCAAAGACUGCAAACCAUAUUUAGGACAGGAGGCCUAACUGAACUAGACAGGCCUGAAUGGUUGUAGCAGCCUGCAGCCGGAAGAGACCCAGACUCCAACUCCAGGGCGGGGGCGAGGACAGAGUCUCUAGUGAGAAAACCAAUCCUCUUGAGCCUAGCGGGAAAGGUCGGCGAGGGAUAGAGGCAGGGUUAAAGGGGAGGAGCGUCUGGCAGGAGAACCAAUCACUUUGCCCUGGCUCCUUGAAGGGGGCUGGUCAGCGGCUCCUCCUUCUCCUUCUCUGGGAUACCCCGCCCUCUGCUCAAACAUUACGGGUAUUGUAAUCUGCGCGUGCGUAUUCCAGCAUUCCCGUGAGGCACUGCGGCGCGCGCGGUUGGAUCCCGGCGGAUGGCAGUGCCAGGGGCUUCCUGAGGUAAGGGGCUUGCGUUCCGGACUGGCGGGGCCGCUGCUACCCUCCUACAGCCUACGUGAGGCCGUUGGGCCCCGGCGUGGGGUGUGCGGAGAGGCUGAGGCUUCGUGCCGGGAGUUGGAGUGGAGGUGCUUGGCCGGUCAUCCGGCUGGAGUUGGCUGAAACUCAAGGCCUUAAUCGUAUUAGGCAAACGUUAAACCUGAAAUAUACCCUUAUCUGUUAUCCAUCUUUUAAAAACAGCAAUUCGGUACUUUUGUGGGUAUGUUUUAUUAGAGCUCUUAAGUGUAGGUACUCAGAAACAAACAAAAACCAACCCAGAAAUGUUGCUACCUGAGUGUGAAACGUCGUGAUUUUAAAACUUGCCAUUGUCACUAACCUUCGUUUGGCUCAAAUCGUGGUUCAUUGUGCUCUGGUCAAAAUAAAACUUUUUACUUGAUGACUGAUGGGUACUGAAACUUGUCAACUUGUCCUGGUUUCUCUGCAUUAGGCUGGUUAUAUCUAUAGAUCGAGUCCUUUGAACCUAAUGGACGCUGAUUGAGUUUUCAGAAACCAUAGAUUCCUAUCAAAUAUAAAAAACAGGAGUAGUUAAACCAUGAGUUGUGGAAAUGAGUUUGUGGAAACACUGAAAAAGAUUGGUUAUCCCAAAGCUGAUAUUCUUAAUGGAGAAGAUUUUGACUGGCUGUUUGAGGCUGUUGAAGAUGAGUCAUUUUUGAAAUGGUUUUGUGGGAAUGUGAAUGAACAGAAUAUAUUGUCUGAAAAAGAAUUGGAAGCUUUCAGCGAUCUUCAUCGAUCAGGCAAGCCCAUCCUAGAAGGAGCAGCAUUGGUUGACGUUCUUAGAACCUGUAAAACUUUUGAUUUGAAAACAUGUGAAGUGGAUGACAAAGAAAUACAGAAAUUAGAGGAUGAGGUUCAAACGCUGCAGAAAUUAAAUAACUCAAAAAUUCAGCGACAGAAUAAAUACCAGUUAAUGGCUUCUGAAACUAGCUACAAGUCUCUGGCAUUAAAUGCUAAACAAGAGGAAGCCACCAAGAAGCUGAAACAAAAACAAUGGUUCCUAAAUACUGUGAAUACUAAACUCAGUAAUGAGCUUAAGGUUCUUACUGAUAGAAUUAAUAAUUUGAUGAUAUUCUUUAGAAAUUCUAAUUUAAGUGAAAGGACAAAUCCAAUGGUGUUUUUAUCUCAGUUUUCCUUGGGAAAAUAUAUAAGCCAAGAAGAGCAGAGCACAGCAGCCUUAACCUUAUAUACAAAAAAGCAAUUCUUUCAGGGUAUACAUGAAGUAGUUGAAAGUUCAAAUGAAGAGGAUUUUCAACUUUUAGAUAUACAAACACCAUCUAUUUGUGAAAAUGAAAAAAUCCUUGGGGAGCGACGACUGGAGAUGGUUAGACUGCAGAUGGCAUGCAUCUGUGCUCAACGACAGAUCAUAUACUUGAGAAGUAAUUUGAGCAUGAAGUCAAGUAUAAAAUUGGCAGAAGAGAAUCUUCAUAGACUAACCAAUGAGGUAAACAUAACAAAUAAGACUGAAUCCAUAUUGUAA